AUGCAGAUUAAUCGAUCCACACGAAGACAAUCCGACUACUUCUCAGCCCCCACGCUCAACGACACCAUGGGGAAAAGAAAUAAAAAGUUAAAAACUCGCCCUGAGGACGGAUCCCGGCAAAUAGGUGAUCUUUUCCUGGCGAGGCCUAAACCUAAAAUGGCGGCGACCCCAGAUCCCCAAAGCUCAUCCUCUGAGGAGGAAACACCGGAUGCUCCAGAUCCCAUACCAAAGGCUACAGACCACAUCUCGAGCCUAGCAAUGGGUGACCUGAGAGCUCCAGCCACCAAGGGUGACAUCCUGAAUAUACUACAGAACAUGCGCACCCUAUUCCGCUCAGACAUGGCGAUUUUGCAGGAGGAAGUGACCGCCGUUACUGGCAGAGUGAGGGUUGCCGAGGAAGACUUAUCUGCUAUGGCAGAACGCCAGCAAGCAACGGAGAAGAAGCUAACACACCUCCAGUCCUCACACCAGGCACGGCUGGAUUGCCUAGACGACGCAAGACGCCGCUCCAACAUAAAAAUCAGAGGCAUUGCCGACUCCAUAGAUGACAAUGAAUUGCCACAACUUACCCGACGCCUCUUAGCCACAAUUCUUAACCCUAAGCAGGCGAAGACUGUGCUAGUGGAGGGCGUACACAGACUCCCCAAGUUGCCAAGAGCCCCAACGGAGGCCUCCCACGACGUCCUUCUCCGCUUACAGUCUACCCGGGACAAAAUGGCGGUGAUGGCGGCGCUCAGCGGCCAGAGCCCAUAG